UUAUGUUCAGUGCUGAAGCAGAGCUCAUACAAGCAGCGCUUAAAUAUUUCCCUUAAAUUUUAGUUAAAAUUAAUUUGACGGCAUGGAUAUAGCAAAGGACAAGCAGAGCGAUGAGCUACUCAAACGAAUUCACAAUGAAUUGACGGCCAUUCUGGCAGAAGAAACAAAAGAUCCAGAGCGAAAGUUGUCUUAUGAAACACUUUUAAGGCCCAAUCCGUUGCCCAUCUUCGGAGCCGGCAAGCAGGCAAAUGGGAAGCCAAAGAAGUCCGUGACAUUCCCCAAACAGUCGGCACACAAACGAGUUGAGGGUACAAAAGCUGUAGAGCCACGUCUAGCUGGUGGUGAUGGCCAGAAAAAGGAGUCUGAGCCAACGACAUCAUCCUCUGCUGCGUCGGAGAAGGCUGAGCUGGAGGGCGGCAAGUGGGAUGUUCCACCCACGGAUCGCACACUCCGAACCGAGUUCAUGGACUCGUCCGCGGUCAAGAGCAUCGACGGAGACCUGCAGAAGAUGCAGGUGGAGCUGAAGCAGAGCUACGAGCUGUUCCAGGGCAUAGGCGAGAAGUUGGAGUCGAUCAACUUCAGCUGCCUCAAGAGCCGCAUACGCGACCUGCACCUGAACAGCUCCACCAGCGAGGUGGGCAAGAUGGCCACCGAUGAGUUGCAGAAAACAUUUGAGGCCCACUACGUGAAGAAUAAUCUGGACAAACUGACCGCAAACGUGAGCCAGGGCUUCCGCCGUCAUCCCGGGGAGUUUGGCGACAUUCCAGAGCUGAGUACGUUCUUCCAGGCCUGCACGCAGCUGGAGCACGGCUUGGAUGCAUUGAAGCAGCAGCGCCGGCGCAGCAAUGAACUCGAGAAGCGCCUCUGCUGGGCCACAGAGAUCGCCUACGAUCGCAUGGACGAGAUACGCAAUGCGGUUGGCAACAAGCCGGAAUCCAAUUUUUAAACUCCAUUUUACUCAGUUGACGUUGGACAAUGUUCCUUUUGGGGUCUUUAUUUUAUCAAAUUAAAAUAAAAUUCUCACAUACGUGUACACAAA